AUGGCAGAGUACGAGGAUUGUGUUUUUUGUCUCAAAAUGGCUAUUGAUAUGAACAUACAUGAAUUGUUGGUUAUAGGUGAUUCAUACUUGUUGAUUCAUCAGGUUCAAGCUUGGGGUAAGGAUGUCAUUGGCCCUAUUGAGCCAGCUGCAUCAAAUGGAUACAUGUUCAUUCUGGUAGCUAUUGAUUACUUUACGAAGUGGGUAGAAGCAUCUUCAUACAAGUAUGUGACAGAGAAGGUGGUGACAGAUUUUGUUUGCAAUAACCUCAUUUGUAGAUUUGGGAUCCCUGAGUCAAUUAUUACAGAUAAUGGAGCUAAUCUCAAUAGCGGCUUGAUGAAUGGAGCAGUUCAGGCAGCCAACAAAAAUAUCAAGAAGAUAUUGAGGAAAAUUAUAGAUAACUACAAUAAUUGGUAUGAGAAUUUGCCAUUUGCCCUUCUUGGCUACCGCACCACAAUAAGGACUUCGACUGGGGCAACACCUUAUCUUUUGGUUUAUGGGACGGAAGCAGUGUUACCAAUGGAAGUUGAGAUGCCAUCUCUGAGGAUUAUCCAAGAAGCUGAGUGA